AUGGCUCUAUGGGCUGCUACUCUGUUCGCCCUUUGUGGCGUUUCCUUAGCCUCCUCAUCAGCGCCAUCACUUAGUUCCGUCAGAACUCUAUUCGAGUUCCCCAAACAAUCUUACAUCGAGAACCUCGCAGUUCGAAGCAAUGGCCAGAUUCUCAUCUCGGAUCUCAGCACAUCGCAACUUUAUCUUUUUGACCCUUCAGCGCCUGGGCCAAGUCAGCCUGUUGUUGUCCAUGACUUCACCGAGUCCCUUGGCCUCGCAGGCAUCGCAGAGUACCAGCCAGACGUAUUUGCCGUGAUUUCGGACCUACGCGGCGUUGGGAUUUCCUCGUCACAUGGCAAGCCAGGGCUCACAUCCCCGCCUGUGGUGAAGAAUAUUGCGCAUGUUAAGCCAGCCCAAUUUCUCAACGGCAUCUCAGUGCUCUCUCAAAAGGACCAAACUCUUCUCGUUGGCGAUGUGAAUGGUGGUGUUAUCUGGAGCUUGGACAUUAAGACGGGACACUACGAGGUUGCUAUUAACAAUACAUUCACAAAGCUUUACGCAUCACCACCUUUUUCAGCAUCGGGAGUAGAUGGAGUUCAUGUUCGCGGCAACUCAGUCUACUUUACAAACUUUGGAAACGGCACUUUCAAUAAGAUGCCCAUCAACUCGGACGGCACCUCUACAGGGCCUGUUACGACAAUUGCACAUACUAAGGGGCCAUUGGACCAGUACGACGACUUUACGUUUGACUGUGAUGGCAAUGCUUUUGUGGUGACUGGAGGCGGAAAUACUAUCGAGCUGAUUUCAGCUGAUGGCAAGCGCCAAGUUUAUUUUGCUGGCAACCUCAACUCUACUGCGAUUGCCGAGCCAACGUCUUGUGCAUUUGGCCGUGGCCCACACGAUAAGAAUGUCCUCUAUGUUGUUACGGCUGGUGGAAUGCAGACGCCAGUAAAUGGAGACAUUGUAAUCGGUGGACAACUCGUUGCAAUCAACACUACUUCGAGGGGAUCUGCAUGCUGA